AUGAUCAUUCAUACUUUGAGACCUCUCAUCUCUCUACUACUUCGAAAUGACGAACUCUUCGGUCCACGAGUUGCUAUGAAUGGUGCUCGUUACUCGCCUUUGGCGAAGAAUCAAACGGCCGGCGUGAAUCAGAUACCGCGAAUUCUACAUCAGACUGCUGCGACGGACGUUAUUCCCGAAAAAUGGCAAAAAUCGCAACAAAGCUGUAUAAAUACUUAUUCCGAUUUUGAGUACAAGCUAUGGACUGAUGAGUCGACUCGUACCUUCCUCCUCGAAGAAUACUCUUGGUUCGUCGAUAUCUGGGACAGCUACCCAUACCCCAUUCAGCGUGCGGACUCUCUGCGCUAUUUCGUCCUGUAUCACUUUGGCGGCAUGUACCUCGACAUGGAUACCUGGUGCAACUCGACCUUUCCUAUUGAAUAUAUAGAACCCGACACAUCCGUUCACCAUGCCCUCUUCAAAUCAACAAAACCGACUGGUGUAACAAACGAUUUCAUGAUAACCUCGGCGCGCAAUCCGCUUUAUAAGUCGGUAAUCACCCAACUGCCGUCCUAUAAUGAAUUUUCCAAGUUAUGGGCGAAAUGGCAACCAUACACCGCCAUCAUGGCAGCUUCCGGGCCCAUGUUCCUGACCUUGGCAGUCAAGAACUAUCUGAGCGAGUACUCAACACACGCACAGUCAUUGCCCUCUUGGGGCGUCAUUAAUGCAACCGAGCUGUCACCGUACAUCACCGACCUCGAGAGCAGCAGUUGGCAUCAUGCAGAUGCGAAAACCUUCAUGUGGGUUGGAGACCGACCCUGGACUUGGUUCCUUGGAGGAGCAAUUGCUCUCAUGUUCAUCUUGUAUAUCUUCAACAUAUUGUUGGUGAAGCUCGUUUCAUGCUUUCGUGGGGCAAGUUCCGAGGGCGCCCAGGUGGGCUGGUUUACGGAGUACGGUGGACUUGUAUAUGUGGGAAAUUAA